AUGAUUGCGGAAGGCAUGCUUCCUCAAACUGACAACGAAGAAGCAACUGGGCUCUUACAGAGGUGUCAAGUUGCUUUGCAGAUCAUCAAAGAUAAUUUGUUGAAGGCACAACAUAGGGUGAAAUACUAUGCUGACAAAAAUCGAGUGGAACGAACACUUAAUGUUGGUGACAUGGUCUAUCUCAAGAUUCAACCAUAUCGCCACACUUCACUGAGUCUACAUCGCUCUCUGAAGCUACACUCCAGAUACUAUGGUCCUUUUAAAGUAUUGGAAAAGAUUGGUGAACUUGCUUACAAGCUAUUGUUACCAGAGGGGUGCAGGUUACAUCCGGUGUUCCAUGUUAGCCAACUCAAACUGCACUUGGGUCCUCAGGCAGUUCCAUCUCCUCACCUCCCUCUGAUAGAUGACACUGGCAACAUUCAAGUCGCACCUGAAGAAAUACUUGAGCGUCGAAUGAUUCCACGUCCUACAGCCGACAACAUCAAUGUUGCUAUUGUCCAAUGGAAGAUCAAGUGGGUUAAUCUACCAGUUGAGGUCUCCACUUGGGAAGAUGCAAACUUUGUCAGGAAAAUCUUCCCAGCUUUUCAUCCUUGA